AUGGACAGCUCGAGUCUGUUGCUUUUGCUCUCUGUAGUCCUUGCAAGCUCUGCCGUCCUGCAAUAUCUCUUCCGCGAUCCCCUUAGCCAUGUCCCCGGGCCACGCAUCGCAAGAUGGACCAGUCUCUGGGUUCAGUUUCUCGAUUUCUCAGGUUACCGAUCACUGGUAAUUCAUGAUCUCCAUGCCAAGUAUGGCCCGGUGGUACGGAUCGCUCCCAACGAGCUGUCGUUCUCCAGCAAGAGGGCGCUGCGGGAAAUCUAUAGCCCCAACAGUGACUAUUCCAAGGCACCUCGAUACGCAGCAUUUGGUCGCAAGAGCAUGUUCACAAUGCUCGACAAGCAGGAACAUCGACUUCGGGCAAAACGGAUCAGCCCUGUUUUCGGCCCAUCAAUGCUGGCCACGGUCGAGGGCACUGUGUCCGCUCAGAUCGAGAAGCUGGUGCACAUCUUGGACAAUCUAACAGGCCAGUCAGUCGAUGUGAUGCUCUGGUUCCGUAUGAUGACACUUGACACCUUUGGCGAUAUGUUCCUGGGCACAAACUUUGGUGGACUCGACAACAAACGACCUCCGGAGAUCCUCGAGGACCUCGACAACGUCUUUCCAACAUACUGGAUUGAAUGGCAAUUUCCAUGGCUCUUUCGCGUUCUGUGUAUGGUCCCUCAUAGGUCCCUGCAUCAGUUCAUCACAACCGGACACAGAUUCUAUAGGAAAGGAGCACAAGCUUUCAACCAGUACAUCCAACUCUAUGGGCGCCACGGUGAGCGUCGUGACCUGCUGCAGCGAAUGAUUGCGGCCAGCACAGAAAAGAAGAUAGCAGCACCGCUAACUGACGAGGAGAUCGUGGUCGAACUAACCAACCUCAUCUUCGCCGGGACCGACACCACAGGCAACACAUUCAGCUACAUGUUCUGGGAGCUUGCACGGAAUCCAAUAUGGCAGGCUCGUCUGCGGAAGGAAUUGCUCGAGGUGUCUUGGAGCGGGGUGGUGCCGGAGUACAAGACCGUAGCUCAAUUGCCCAUCCUUGAGGCGAUAAUCCAAGAGACCCUGAGACUGUGGCCCGCCGCUCCUGCAAGCCUUCCUCGCAUUGCGUCUGCGCAGGGUGGCGUCAUUGAUGGAACGACGAUUCCUCCAUAUGUGAGUCUCCCAUUUUUCCUGGAAGCGUUCGCCGGCAAGGGAAGCAACAUUGACAGAGAUCCUGAGGUCUUCCCGUUCCCAGACGAGUUCCGCCCCGAGAGGUGGCUGGCCGAGGACGAGGCUGGAAACGGUCUACAAUCGGACCUGGACGCUAUGCGAGACAGCAUGUUAGUCUGGGGUAAAGGCUCCCGCACUUGCCUGGGCAAAUCCAUCGCCAUGAUGGAGCUGAAGUUGGGACUUGCUGCAAUAAUCAAGCUUCUGUCACCACAGCUGGCGAGCGAGAAGACCAACGAGGACAUGGAGAUCAGAGACCAUUUUGUCUUGAUAGCCAAGGGUGGCCGCUGCCUGCUGAGAUUUGAGAAAGUGUCAAGCCUAUUCGCCGGAUGA